CACAUGAACCCGUCAGCAGAGUUUAUAAAAUAAACUCCGGCUAAUAAUCGGGCUUUUACUUUGAAGGGCACAACGGCAAAAGUAGCUGUUUCUUUCCCGGCGCUUGACACUCCUUCUUUACAGGCGCUGUUCACCCUGCUGUGUGUGUGUCACCUGCCGGCAGCACAGACGCCUCUAUUUUCUCUAAUUUUGCGAGGAAAAGUGUUUUUUUUUUAACUCAGAAUUUCACAAACGGAGUGUUUUUAAGUGAGGGCUUUGUGGAGGGCAGAAUUGCAUUUCUUAUAUUUACCAAAGGGAAAUGUUGGGAAUAUAACGGCAAUUACAGUGAUUUGCAUAAUGAGUUACAGCUUGGUGAUUCUCUCUGCGGGCUUUACAGCUUUGCUCAGCUUUUGCCUCCUCGCCGUAUCAAUUGGAACUGAUUACUGGUACAUCAUUGACGUGAAGAAGCCCAACUCCCAGGACCUGAGUUCCCACUCCGGACUGUGGACGAUCAAUGAAGCAAACAGGACGUCCGUCAUCCCGUCUUUCACGGCGAAUAUGUCGGCCCUGUCCAAGGCGGAGAGGCACCUUCUUGAGCUGCACAGGGCGGUGGUCAUCCUAUUGCCGCUUGGCUUGGUGCUGCUGGUCUUCGGUUGGAUUUUCGGACUUGUCAGUUCAUUGGCCCACAGCCCCAAGCUGCUGACCGGAACUGCAGUCUACGUUCUUGUCUGCAGUAUUUUCACAUUGAGCGGGGUCAGCCUCUACAUCCAAUACAACAACAAGGCCAUGGAGGAGUUCCAGCGUAACGAGUCGCCGGAGGACCUGGCCUACGUGGACGUGUCAUUCGGCUGGUCCUUCGCCAUGGCGUGGCUCUCCUUCUCCUUGGAACUGGCCACUGGCCUGCUGCUCCUGCUCGCUGCCAAAAUAACCCAAAUGAAAGGACGUUACGACUGUGGCGUCGCCGUCAACACUUUGUGAACGUCCUCGGUGGACAGGUGGUCCAAAAAAAUAUAAAAGACAAGCAAAAAUAUAGUUGCCCACUGUAUUGUACAUACAUAUUUAACAUAACUGUGCAUUUAUAUUUAUUAUACCAGGAGCAAAGAACAACAUAGAAGCCGAAGUUGUUUAUGCAUAAAACAACUUUUAUUAUAUAUAUAUAUAAUAUUAUAGUGGCGAUAAUGAGAACUUAUUUUGGAUUUUUGCCUAUCAUUUAUAAUUCCCAUCUGAGACAACAGAUAUUCUUGUUUUAUGCGUUCUAAGUCGUAAAAUAUGGCUAGUAUGAGGUGGCUAACAAUCCAGCUAAUGGGAGAACACUUUUCUGCCCAUAAAGCUCUCUAAAAAAAGCAUCUCAAAAUUGCCAACAAUAUUAAAUUUGCAUUUUGUGACAUAAAUCUUAACCAAAUAUUAU